GAGGAGAGACAGCGCAGAGAGAGAGAGGGGGAAAGAGCUACACGGGGAGAGAAGGAAUCCACUGGGAUAUAUACACAUACGGGGAGAGGUACAGAGAGAGAGAGAGAGACGAAGACACCGACAGACACGAGAAGCGAGAGCGAGGAGGAGACAGACGGGGAGAGAGGUAUUAACAUCGGGAAAUCAAAACACGUGGAGAUAGAUAAACACGCAGAGAGAGGGAGACGGGGGAAGAGACAUAUAACCAGAGAUAAUAGGAGUGGGGUCGUUGCGAUUGCAUAGACCAGCGCACAUCAGGAGCGUACGCAAAAUCAUCAUCAGCAGCAGCAGCAAGAACAGUAGCAGUGGUAGCAUCACAUGCAGUAACGGCAAAAAUCAUCAUCAUCAGCAGCAACGGCAGCAGCAGCAACUAGAGCAACGAAAAAAAAUCAUCAACGGCAGCAGCAAGUGGAACGCGAGACUCGCAGACACAAUCAAUCAACGGCCACGCGGUUCAUCAUGUCUUCUCUGAUGAUCUCCCUCCAUCUCAUGCUGCUGCUACUGCUGCUACUCGUCACGUCAAUCAGCUCGCAGCAACAGCAGCAUCAACAGCAGCAACAACAGCAGCAGCAGCACGACCUCGGCCACUCGCGUUUCGUGUGCACCGCCAUCCCCGCCGACGUGGACGCGGCGUGCCCGCUGCCCGCGUUGUCGGGACUCUCGUCGGGCGCGAGCGACGAGGCGCGCACAGGGGUCCUGGAGCUUCGCGAGACGGUGCUGCGCCAGAAAGAGACCAUUCUCGAGCAACGGGAGAGCAUCAGGGACCUCACCACCAAACUCCAGCGAUGUGAAGGCACGGACACGCUCGCUUCCUCGUCGUCGUCGUCCAAGCACAUGCACGCGCGCCUCCCCGGAGCGAAACAGGCGCCGGGCAAGUGGCGAGACACGAUGGCGACCUGCCCCGUACCCGGGGAGGUGAUCGAGCAGCUGGGCAGGACGGUGCAGUCGCUCAAGGAUCGGUUGGAGAGUCUGGAGCAGAAGCACCGCGCUAACUCAACGCGCCCGCAGGGCUCCACUGGCGGUGUCGGUGCCGGCGGCGGCGGCGGCGGCGUUGGUGGUAGCGCCCACUCGCUGCGGGAGUUCCUGCACGAACGUCUGGGCGACGUGGGGAAACAUCUGCACGGCGAGGGAGGAGCAGCAGGAGGAGGAGACGGGGAGGGCGGAGGUCAUCACAACGAUAGCGACGGGCACCCUCACCACCACCAGCAGCAGCAGCAGCAGAGGAUACGGCCAGAGUCCACUCUCACCUCCGUGCAUCGCCUGCCGAAUUUGGACAAAAUCGGGCCCCCCCCAAUCCACCACGCGCCCGACGACUUCAAGGUGAUGUUCCCGGCGCGCACCAACUACAUGUUUGUGCGCGCCAAGCGCUCGCUGCCCGAGCUGCAUGCGUUCACCAUCUGCCUGUGGCUGCGAUCGGGGGGCCCCAGCUCUGGGACCCCCUUCUCCUACGCCGUGGACGACCAGCCCAACGAGCUGGCGCUCAUGGAGUGGGGAAACAACCCCAUGGAGCUCAUCAUCAACGACAAGAUCGCGCGGCUGCCCGUCAGCGUGAGCGACGGCCGCUGGCACCACCUGUGCGUCACGUGGAGCACUCGCGACGGCGUCUGGAAGGCGUUCCAGAACGGCGCCUACCGCGGCACCGGCGAAAACCUCGCGCCCUGGAGGCCCAUAAAGGCCGGCGGCGUCCUCAUCCUGGGCCAGGAGCAGGAUGUGGUGGGCGGAAACUUCGACGCGACGCAGGCGUUCCUGGGCGAGAUGGCGCAGUUCAACGUGUGGGAUCGCGAGCUGCUGCCAGACGAAAUCAUGGAGCUGGCCACGUGCUCGCGCUCCUUUUCGGGGAAUGUCGUCGCCUGGACCGAGGACGCCAUCGACGUCCACGGAGGCCUCACCCACCACCCGUUCGGCCGCUGCUCCUCCGUGCUCUCCAACUUCUGACCCUACGACGACGACCUUUGACAAUGGCCCAUUGGUGAUGACCCUUGAUGAUGCCCUUUGAUGAUGACCUUUGAUAAUGACCCAUCACAUUGACCCUCGAUUAUGACCUUUGAUGAUGAUCAGCUCUGCUAAUAACCUUUGAUAAUGACCCCCGAUGAUGGCCUUUGGUAAUGACCUUUGAUGAUGACCUUUGAUGACGACCAAUCAGAAUCGUCAUUUAGACUGCACGAGGAAUCCGAUGAGAUGCAAAGCUCUUUUUGUCACAGAUGUCCAGUAGGAGAAUGACCUGUUGAUAAUGACCUUUGACCCUGACAAUCGACGUUCAUGGAGGCCCCCGGCCCGCUCGGACGCUGCUCCGCAAGGCUGUCCUAACCCUUAAUGCUGACCUUUCACGAUGACCUUUGAUGACCUUUUGACGAGCACCUCUUGAGCUGACGUUCGAUGGCCUCCACUGCUGAUCUCUGAUGCUCACCUCCAAAGUUGACCUUUGGCAUUCUUACUCUCGAUAACGCCCUCCGAUACCGACGAUGAACGCUAACCGGUAGAGCUGACCCUUGCGGGUAACCAUUGACAACUUCGAUCGUGACCCACCACAAUAGGGCGCUGACCUCCUGAGCUCGACGCUGAGCCACGCGACCUUAACAUCGAGUCCUCACCGUCGUCCCGACCUCCGCCCCCGGACUUGAACCCCGUGAGCCUGACCAUGCCCACCACUGCACCCGCCAUAAUUUUGACGCCGA